UUCAGCUGUUUUGACUCAAUGGAAAAUAGAGGGGAAUAUGUACAGUUUGCUAAGGAGACAAGCUUGUUGAAAUGCCCAUCUGAGAAACUACAGAAACUGUUGGAGGAAGAACUGAAGCUAAACAGGAACAGUUUGCUAAGUCACGGCUGGUAUCAUGGCCGUAUUCCUUGGAAAGUGUCAGAGACCCUUGUUAAGCAUGACGGGGACUUCUUAAUCCACGACUCCCUCAUGAGCAUGGGAGACUAUGUACUUACCAGCCAUUGGAACCGAAAAACACUGCACUUCCAAAUCAGCAAGGUUCUGGUGAAAUCCAAUGACACCUACACUCAGGUGCGAUACACCUUGGAUGGAGAAACCUUUGAUUCUGUGCCUGCACUGGUACAGUUUCUUCUUGAUAACCGAAAACCAGUGACCCAACAGAGUGGUGCUUACAUCUGUUCGCCUGUGAACCGCUCUCUCCCACUGUGGUACGUGGAGGCCUCAUAUGCAUUGACCAGUCCUAAAGAGACUCCAGUGAAGCCUCUAAGCAAACAUACGGGAAGCCAGAAGAGGCGGAGCGUCAGUCUGACGGAGAUUUUACCAAUGGACAUAAGUCCAAAUAGGGAAGAAGUUAGGAGGCAUAGUGAUGAUGUGGAGCAGCCAGAUGGAGCAUUCUCUCCCUCCUCAACAAAGUUCAAUUCACGUUCUCAGCAAAAGAGGCAUUUAGGCAACAGGAAGUUUGUCAUAGUGUCAUCUUCACCUGGUCUGCAAACGUCUAUGCACCUUGACACGGCUCCCAACUCCAGUGCUGUUUCUUAUAUGAACCCAACGGACAUUGUUUUUUCUGGUCCUCACACAAACUCAGAACACUACAAAAGCAUGAUCAGUUCAGGCCCACAGCUACCUGUCCUCGGCCGUGGAGAGAAUGCAUGGACUGGAAAGGACAAACAGGCUCUGAGCAACAGGGAGGAGAAUAAGGAUUAUUUUAUCCCUCCUAUGGAAGAAGCAACAUCUAGUUUCAGACCCUGCAAGUACCAGUCAUCAUUACUGCCCUCUGAGAAUAAGCCCUUAGAGACAAGACUCCUGAAGAGGGUCAAGGAGAUGCUCGUUGAAGUUGACACCAAGACUAUAGCCUUGCACAUUACUAAGAUUGACUGCAUGGUCGCUGGAAUAACAGAUGCGACUGAGAAGAUGUCCUGUAGAAUGGGAGUGAGCUGUGGACUGGAGUUGCUGACUCUCCCUCAUGGACACCAUCUCCGGCAAGACUUGAUAGAGAGAUCCCACACCUUGUCAGUCAUGCUGGCUGUUGAGCUGCUAGGUUGCACAGGUAACAUUGAGGAGAGAGCUGCUCUGAUACACAAAAUUAUCCAACUUGCCACUGAGCUCAGGGACACCGUGGGCAAUCUGUUUGGUUUUACUGCAGUCAUGAAAACUUUGGAACUCCCUCAGAUUUCACGACUGGACAAGACGUGGAUGACUCUUCGUCAGAGACACACAGACAGUGCUGUUCAGUAUGAAAAAUGCCUUAAACCUUUUUUGAGGAAUCUGAAUUAUGGAAAAGAGUCCUGGGAACCCUCAGACACAACUUUCCCUCAUGUUCAGCCACUUUUGUCCCUCAUGGAGAGGACAGUGGUGUCUGUGGAGGGAGCAGAACCCUGGGAGAAUCUGGAUAUUGGAGUGGAGUCACUCUUAAGUCAUCUGAAUGCUGCUCGCACUAUUGCCAGUCAUGGGUUGAUCUUCCGUUCCAAUGCAGAGACCAAGCUACAUGGGUUUGUGGAACAGCCAGAUGUUCUGGAAGUGUUUCUCACAGACUUCCAGAUGCGUUUGUUGUGGGGGAGCUGUGGGGCAGAGAAGAACAGGGAAGAACGGUACGAUAAAUUUGACAAGGUCUUGACAGCACUGUCAAACAGGCUGGAGCCCCCUCCACACUGACAGUCAAGUUCCCUUUUCUUCAUGUCCCUAAAGCAAUACAUAACGUACUAUGUAAUGACUGUACAG